AUGAGGCGAAAAGUUGCCGAUAGUCGGUUGCGUCGGUUGAAACCGAUACGCCACGGCGCAAACGCGAAUAGGGGGAUAGAUGGCGCUGGUGCGGCGGGUGACGUGGGGCGCGGCGGGGCGGCGUGCGGCGGCGCGGUGCUCGUAUCGAUCGCCGACUUGUUGCCGGGCACUGCCGAGCCGACACAAUCGACGAAUACCACCCCUAUCCCCUCGAACCAGAGCGGAUGCCAACCACCUCCCGCCCCCCCCCCCCCGGCCUUA